AUGGAGUACUUCUAUGGAGACUUGGGUCAUAUAGGUUUUAUAAAAUAUGAGGGAAGCUCUGUUGUGUUUAUCCAGCAGCCCCAUGAUCUGGUGGUCGUGGCCGGGCAGCCCGUGACCCUGCCGUGCUCCAUUACUGGAUACCAUGGCAUGGUGCUGUGGGUCAAAGACGGUCUGGCUCUGGGGGUCAACCGAGACAUGUCAGGUUAUCCACGCUAUGAUGUGAUUGGGGACCACAGCAAAGGCGAAUAUCACCUACUGAUUCAGAGGACCGAACUGACCGACGAUGGCAGCUUUGAGUGUCAAGCCAUCCAGGCUGCGACCAGAUCUCGACCUGCUCGGCUCACUGUUUUGGUUCCUCCUGAUGACCCUGUGAUAAUCGGAGCACCUGUGGUGAGCUUGCGUGCAGGAGACUCGCUAAACCUUACCUGCCACGCUGACAAUGCCAAACCAGCUGCCUCCAUCAUCUGGAUCCGUAACGGAGAGGUGCUGAACGGUGCCGCGUACACCAAGACACUGUUGCGAGAUGGCAGAAGGGAAAGCACGGUCAGCACGCUCCACAUCUCUGCCUCGAACAUCGAGAGCGGCCAACAGAUCACCUGCCGCGCUUCCAACAAAGCGGCACCCAAUGGCAAGGAGGCCACAGUCACCAUCGACAUCCAACAUUUCCCACUGGUGAACCUCUCUGUGGAACCGCAGCCUGUUCUGGAAGGCAACCUGGUUAAGUUCAACUGUGCCGCUAAAGCGAAUCCCCCUGUCACUCAUUACAGAUGGGCGAAGAGGGGAAACAUGAUCACAGAUGCAACGGGAGACACUUAUGAGGUGCUGGUUGAUCAUUCCUUCUUCACCGAGCCAGUAUCCUGUGAGGUCACCAAUGCCCUGGGCAGCACCAACAUCAGCCGUAACGUGGAUGUUUACUUCGGACCCCGUCUGGCCGCUGAACCCCAUAGCCUCCAGGUGGAUCGGGGAUCUGAUGCCGUGUUCAGUUGCGCUUGGAUUGGAAACCCUUCGCUCACCAUUGUCUGGAUGAAAAGGGGCCAUGGAGUCGUGCUAAGCAACGAGAACACCUUGACACUUAAGGGAGUGAGACAGGAGGACGCUGGGAAAUACGUAUGUCGAGCUGUGGUGCCGCGGGUGGGAGUGGGAGAGAAGGAGGUCACGCUUACUGUCAAUGGGCCUCCCACCAUCUCCAGCACACAGACGCAGCAGGCUCUGUAUGGGGAGAAGGGCCAGAUCAAGUGUUUCAUCCGCAGCACCCCUCCUCCAGACCGCAUUGCAUGGUCAUGGAAAGAAACAGUGCUAGAAUCAGGAACAUCGGGCCGUUAUACCGUGGAGACCGUGAGCACAGAGGAUGGUGUCAUCUCCACUCUCACUAUGAAGGACAUGCACCUGGUGAUGUCAUCACUCCCAGUGUCCCUCUCUUCUCGGCAGCGAGAGCUCUCUGGCACGUUAAAAAGUGAAAAUCUCAAAGGGGUUGUAUCCGCUAAAAACGACAUCAGAGUGGAGAUUGUUCAUAAGGACCAUAACGCAACCAGAGAACCGGAAGAACACAGCAACAUGAAGCAAAUGAUGAUGGAGCGAUCAGAGUUUCAGCAAGAGUCGGUGUUGAAACAGUUGGAGGUCCUGCAGGAGGAGGAGAGGGAGCUACAACACAUUAAGGAUCCGACCAACGGAUACUACAGUGUGAACACCUUCAAAGAACAGCCAACCCCGACCAUAUCCCUGACAGCCAAUCAGAACGCUGAGGUCCGAAACCCUGCCACAGCGACCCUCGGAAAACACCGCGUCCCCACCGGCAUGUCUUACACCAACAUUUACAACACAAUGGGUGCCGGUCCCAACCGACUAUAUGACUACAGCCAGCGUUUCGUACUGGGAAUGGGCAGCAGCUCCAUCGAGUUGUGCGAACGUGAGUUUCAGAGGGGAUCGCUCAGCGAUUCCAGCUCGUUCCAGGAUACACAAUGCGACAACAGCAUCAGCAGCUGCAGCAAGCAGGACGGAUACGUGCAGUUCGACAAAGCUAGCAAAGCCUCGGUGUCGUCUUCGUCCCACUAUUCACAGUCGUCAUCCCAGAACUCCGACCUGACUCGACCCCUACAGAAACGAAUGCAAACGCACGUUUAACUAGAGGACUGAACAUCAUACAUGCUUUUGAACGAACACUAAAGGUGAGUCACCUGUGCUUCAUGCAUCAUUCGUGAACAAAUCCAAACGUCUCAAGCUUGGAAAGACAUUACCGACAUCUCAAGCUCAUUUUUCCGUAUAUUUUGAAAAGUCACGUGGUUUUUAGAUCUCAUGUUCUUUAUGGAAGACUUGAGAGUUUGGGAAAUGAAAACGGGGGAAACCAAACCUUGGGCGUCGUUUCAUAACUUGACAAUCAGGAGUCCAUCCACACAGUCGCCAUUGACUAUCACAGUGAGCCAAUCUAAUCUGUUCCAUGCAGGAACUUGGAACUGUGGGAGAACCUCGAGGUUUGUGUUCAUUUUUUUAACGAGGAGCCAAACUUGGGCCGUUUUGCAAUUCUUCUACUGUGGCCCAAAGCACAAGGGUGUCUGUUCAAUGCCAACCACAGUGUUUCUCUGCUGAUAAAGAGAUCUAAACGAGGAUGAAUUAUCCUCCGGAGGUCGUUGCUAAGGACUCUGUAAGAUAGAUUUCACUUGUGUGCACAAAAUCUCCUUAUGUGGUCUCUCGUCUUUACGAUUUCAUGCUUUGUGUUUUUUUUUCCAACGCAAUGCGAAUGUGUAAAAACACACACGGCCAAACUGCAUGUGUGGGGAGUUCUUCAGGAGCUUUGCUAACGUGGACAGCAUAGUGUUUACAUUAAAGAGACCAGAAUGUAAAUCAAUACUUUAUUUUCUCAACACGUACUAAAUGUGAGCUGAUUGUUUCA